AUCAAUUCAUGUCAUUUGUUUGAUUGUGUCGUUGAUGUUGUUGACCAUUGGAUCGGUAGUCGUUGUCGUCGACUCCGAGGAUUUCUGUUAUGAAUACGUGAAAAAUGGCCAUAAAAUUGAUUUUUCAUUUCGUUUAUAUGAAUACAAUUCAAAUUUUGAUAAAGAGUUUCAAAAGUACUUUUUUAUUGGCGAUAAAUACUGGAAGUUGUCAUACAAUGACGGAUCAAAAGCUGAUAGAAAUGUUACCAUUGAUAGGGAAAGUGCCGGUUAUUCUAACUGGUUGUCCGGCGAGAAGUAUUCAAUGGUAUGGUAUGUCUACUAUAAGGCUGACUAUAAAAAAGAUUAUUGUCGUGUCGGUGCUCUACAGAAAAACUUAAAAGCUAUUGAUUGGGCCGUCCUUUACGCUGAUACCCUAAAUUAUAAACAAUUGUUUAAUACAACAAACAUUACAUUUGCCGCCAAUUUUAGACCAAUAUUGGCCUGGCUAUCGAUUCCCUAUCAAGUAAUGUAUAGAGUCAUCACAUUUAUGUCCGACUCGGGUUCAACCAAAUCGUAUAACUUUAAUGAUCCAAACAAACCAAAUGAAGACAUUUCUAUGAUUAGUCAAUAUCAACGACCAAUUCUUGAAGGAAAACAAGAACAAGAAGUUUAUAAAAACUAUCCAUUGAUGGCAAUUAUUGGACAGUAUAGCUAUAAUGAUUGUGGAUGUAGUGAUGGGAACUGUUGUAGCACUAAAGUAGAUGGACAGGGAUCUAUUGUGUUUAUGAAUGUCAACAAAACUAUUCAGUACUGUUAUGUAGGGAUACCUCAAAGUGAGUGUAAACCCAAGACAUUGAUCGACUGUUCCGAUACUACUUUAACAACAACUGGCGGUCCAUUGAGUGGUAAAUCAAAAUUAAUUAUUACUUUAGUAUUGGUUAUCAUCGGUAUUGUACUAUUCGUCCUCAUUGUCGCUAUAAUUUGUUGUCUCAGAUACCAUGGAUUAUCUGGAAAUAAUGGUUCAUCGGUGUCGUUAUCCAAACAGUCUGGCAUCAAGUCUUCCCAAUCGAAGAAAUCAAAAAAAUCAAAAAAGAAGACAAUGAGUAGUCCAUCGACAACAGGAAGUUCAUCGAAAACUGGCGAUCAAUCGAAACAAACGAUUUCAAAAACGGUAUCAAAAACUCCAUCAAAAGGUGGUAUUUCUGGUCAUUUCGGACCCUGGGGUCGGAAUAAUUGGAAACAAUUGGGUAGACAUAUCAGUGAUAAAUACAGCAAACCAGAGAUCAUUACAUUCCUCAGCGAUAAAUGUAUUAUUGAUAUAACGUGUGGUUCACAUCAUUCACUGGCGCUGACCAGUGAUGGCACUGUCUAUGGUUGGGGUCUUAGCAGAUACGGACAGUGCGGUUGCGGACAACUAAUUACUUAUAUUAAAAGGUAUAACGAGUGGGGUAUACUUGGUUUGGGUCACAACAUAGGUGUCAAUGAACCACAAGUUAUACCAGAAUUGUGUAAUAAAAUGGUUAAUAAGUUUAGUAUUGGAAACGAGUUUGGGUUGUGUAUAACAAGUGAUAAACAAAUAUAUAGCUGGGGUUUGAAAACUAAAAAACAAUUGGGUAGACAUACCAAUGAUGAGUAUAGCAAACCAGAGAUUAUUACAUUUCUCAGCGAUAAAUGUAUUAUUGAUAUAACGUGUGGUUAUAAUCAUUCACUGGCGCUGACCAGUGAUGGUUUUGUCUAUGGAUGGGGUCAUAACAGUAGAGGACAGUGCGGUUGCGGACAACAAACUGAAUAUAUUCUUAGUCCAACUCGUGUUAAAUUUCCCACAAAUACUAUCAUUAAAUCAAUUUGCUUCCAAUUGGUGUUCAUUUGCCAUAACAAGUGA